AGCUAGCUUAACACGAACUAAACAGCGUUCAGAGAAAUGUCCCAAAUACUUACGUGCCAGCGUGAAAACUGUAAACGGCAGGCAGACGCAGGUGUUAGUUGUGGUCCGGUUUGUAAAAUGUUGGCGUAUUUAGUCAUGAAACAAGAAAGUCUGGCGUAAGUGAAGUGCGCCAUGUUCAAGCGGCUCCAUUUGCUAACUUCAGCUGCGUCAUUGUUGCGCAGAAGACCAAUUACAAAACAUUUUCAAAAACAACACACGUGCUUAUUUGUAACAAUUAUUACUAUUAGCACACAACAUGCUUUUUAAUAUGAUCGAAAUAUUAUGAUAUCAUAUUUGACUAAGCAAAAGUCCGAGCAGCGAAGUCUUUCAAUUUUGCUUGAUCUUCGCAGAGGUCCUUUGUGACGUAAACAGGAAGUGUGCUCCAUCCUAGUUCUAUUGUUCGACACUUUUCCAACAAGCCAAGCGUGACACCCUGUGAAUGUUUCGUGUGCUUACAUUCUCUUGAGAAGGAGUCUUUCGAGUGUCCUCUGGGAGCGGAAUGGCUGACGGAGGCGGUUGUGCGGCUCCGGUGGCCCGCACGGUUCUGCAACAAUGUCUGCAGGCGAGGUUGCAGGUGAAGCCGCCGGACGAGCACCAAGAAGCGCAGUGGGUUCAGAUCGAAAGAGGCAUGGUGGUCUACGCUAGUUUUUUUAAGGGCGCAACAGAAGACCUCCUGCCCAAGAUGGUUUCCACGUUACUGAACAUGCGUCUGUGCGAGUCUUCCACCGGCCAGAUGGUUUCGUUGCUGGAUCUCCCGGGCAGCCUCCUGGUGGUCCCUCAGGCCACGCUGGGCGGCAAAGCCAAAGGCCGGGCCAUGCAGUACCACAACAACGUGGCCAAGGAGGUCGGACUGGGACUGUACGCCCGCUUCGUGGCCCUGUGCCAACAGGAGGUGACGGCGGCCGGCGUGAGCGUCCGGCACGGGACGUACGGGAACAGGCAGGUCCUCGACCUCAAAACCAACGGACCCUACACGCACCUCGUGGAAUUCUGAACACGACCCGGAGAAGCAUCUACCUGUGCAUACAUACCCUUUGGAAUGUUUGUCUCACCAUUAAAAUACGCAAA